AUGAGCCCGCCACAGCCCCCAACACAUUAUGAGAUCCUCAACCUCACGCCCUCCAUCAUCGACGAGUCACCAGACGCCGCCAAACUCAUAAAGAAGGCCUACCACAGAGCCUUGCUCCGCAACCACCCCGACAAAACCAUCUCACACGCCAACACUCCACCGGGAGCACUAUUCUCAAUAGACCAAAUCACCACCGCGUUCACGGUCCUCUCUUCCCCCCGGCAACGCACAGAGUACGACACCAAACUCCGUCAGGCUCAGACGUUUUCCGGCGCCGCUGGACCGGAUUCAGCGCAGAGGUUUCAGACGGGCGUUGAGAAUGUAGAUUUGGACGAUUUGCCGUACGACGAGGCCAAGGAGCGGUGGUACAGAUCAUGUCGGUGUGGGAACCUGAGGGGCUAUUUGUUUGAGGAGGAAGAUCUGAUAGAGGUUGAGGAUGAGGGUGAGCUGAUGGUGGGUUGUCAGGAUUGUAGUUUGUGGCUACGGGUUCAUUUUGCCGUGGUGGAUGAUGUUAUACCUGUAGAUGAAGAUCCAAUAGAUCAAAGUUGA